GAUACGAGACUUCACGGCAAAAAUCGGCUCAGGUACCAGCUGUGCAGUCGACGACCUCUAGUAUCAUGCUUAAGUACACUUAACCCGACCGGCUGCUUAAAUCAGACCUCGACUUUAACAUUUUGAACGGAUUUUGCGACUCUUUUAUGGAAGCCGAGACUGUGGCAAUGCUGCCUCCCAAGAACUGCAUCCCCAGAAACUACAGCUGUAUCGCUGGGCUGUUCGGGAGCUUGUCAGAUUCAGAGCAGAAGCUGGAGGACGGAGACGGGGACAUGGAGGGAGAGAAGGACACCCAUGGAGACUGCGAACCAUUAGAAAUCAGCGUAGUGAAUGAGAAACCGAGGGGAAGAGAGUCGUUCCCGAAGCCCCCGCACAGCCCGGCGCAGCGCCGCAGGUGCAAAUCUCUCCCCACACCGGCCGAAAGAGCCAAACUAGAGAUCGCACGAAGCCAGAGCCCGAGCAUUCAGAAAAAGGUCCGAUUCGCAGACUCUCUCGGUCUGGACCUGAUCUCUAUCAAACACUUUGAUGACACGGAAAUGCCUGAGGUACCAGAGCGCAUCAUUGACAAAUUCAAGAAAGCCAGAGCUCUCCACUUGAACAACUUCGACAAGUCGAACACAUCGAGCCAGUCCGUGUUCCUGGAGCUGCUCUUCACAAAUCCAGGAUCUCUGCCACACUUCCUAGACAGAGUGAAGGAAGUGAAGGUUUUGCUGGAGUCUGUUCAUGCGGAUGAAUUCAGCCUGUCGGGGAUCGUGCGGGUUCUCAACUUGGCUUUCGAGAAAAGCGUCUAUUUGAGGUACACAUUAAAUAACUGGACGACAUUUAUGGAUAUUCUGGCAUCUUACAUCCCCCAUUCAACUGACGGGCUGACGGACAAGUAUAGCUUCAAAAUAAUCACCCCGAACUUUCUGGAGUGUGGAGGAACCCUGCAGUUUGCCGUAAAGUACUGUGUCGGAGGGGGAGAAUUUUGGGACAACAACAAUGGGAAUAAUUACAAAGUGAGACGCCACAGGUUUAAAAUCUCUCCUCCGAGGGAAUGGGAAAACGGGUGGAUUCAUUUCAUUUAGUGCGCGCGUGAGCCAGGCGCGAAUCUAUGAAUUCCACUACGGCGAAGGCGCGGCUCUUGAAUAUUAAUUAGGUGACGUAUAGUUCGCCACCAUAGUAGGAUUCGUAAUUUCGCCGACGGUGCACCGCGAAUGCGCAUUUACUGACCUUACAGAAACAUGUCUAUGUUAUGUACCACAAAUGCGCAAAACGCAACAGCAUUGUUUGUCUGUGCUUAUGCCACUUCCGCACUGAUGUCAGGUAGAAGAUAGGGAAUUGAAGUCAGAUUGGUGACUACUAAAAUUAACCGGCUUUUUUGUUUUUGCGUCCGUAAAAUGUCGAUUGAUUUUGGCCGCAGUACAAGGAUCGAUGGUCAUGCAGACAUAACUGCUGUCAUGUGUUCAACAAAAUAAGCAGCAGCAUUUUAAUUUGAGUAACAAAACGAGCCCGGCUUGCAUUCAGUUGUGGUCCCAUGCUUGCGCCAAGCGCGCGUUAUUCUUCGUGUGGAAUCAUGGCGCUUGGGCAUUUCUGUGCUGCAGAUGCUUGUUUAUCACAUCAAAUUGCUGCUAAGAUUGGCUUUACCUCCGAGAAACUUGUUUCUGACAUAGUAAUUAAAGGUUUUAUAUUUUUUGGAAGACAGUUCAUGUAAAAUGUUGCUAAACUGAAAUGCCAUUGCAGUUAGGCGAGGGAUGCAAUAAGAGACAGAGCAGGUGUCGUGCUGUCAUCCAUGCACAUCAAUGAACCGAGCGCAUGAUUUCUCUUCCAUGCUGGUGACUAAUUUGUAUUUAACAUUUUGAAAUACAGAGAAUGUUUACCGUUGUGUAAAUUUCCAGUAACAACCAAGUCUAAACAAGUUUAUUUCAUCAAUGUACAACAAUGCAGCAAGCGGCAGCUGG